UCCAGCAUUAUGUUUAGUCGUGUCGUGCGUUUGUACCGGCAUCGUCGUGGCUCGAGUCGACGUCGUUCGUGCGUAUAAUAUUAUAAUAUUGUCGUUACGCGUUUUUUACGUCCGGUGAGCACUAUGGAUCCGAAAGAUUUACCGUGAUACAUACCUAGGUAUUCGGUUCCAGACGGUUUAUACCAACUGCUGCCAGGGAUCAUUCUCCGAUCGAGUGGCAUCCACCACAAUUCACCAUCGCACACCGAAACGGGUGGCCACCGACGAGUUCUCUUCCACCAGAAGUUUUGGUUCAAAAACGCUCGUGGGAGAUGUUUGCGAGCCGGACGUGAUGGCUGAAAACGGCAACUACGGAGGUGGCAAAACACAUUUCUGUCAGCUCAACAGCCUGUGGUCCGUGUGGUACGGCCUGCUCGCCACCGUACUUAAUGUCUAUUCCGUUUUGUUGGCCACUCGGAGAAUAUCGGAGUACUUGGAAGUAGUAUGGCCACCGAAGAGCGUACUCCCGCCCCGGUACGAAGUUCACUGCUUCGUGGCCACCAUCGGAAUGGCCGCCGUGCUGGUGCCCCUGGUGGCGUUCACCGCCGUCUUCCGUACCGGAAACAUGGCCAACGACUCGGACAAGCUUGGCAACUUGUUGGACGUCCGCCGCCGCCGCCUGUCGUCCUGCUGGACCCACGGGCCGCCGUCCUCUUCCACGCUACACUCGUUCACGGCACUCGCCCUGCUGGUAGUCAAGCUCAUGAUCGAAGCCAGGCUCAUACAAGCCGGUCUCAUGUCCACAAAUAAUAUUUGGAAUACCGACUUGGAUUUUCUGGUCCUCGGCGGACAUCAGUCGAGUCCACCCAACAUCACGCUUAAAAAUAUGCACAUCGAACCCAGGACACAGUCGGUACUCGUCCCACAGUCGUCAUCGCCAUCGACCAAUAGAUCAUACGCUGCGGAAACUGAUGGGGCCAUGUCCGUCGAGUUUUUCAAUUACGCUAUGGCUUUGUUCAUAUACUGCGGACGGUAUGCUUCCGUUUUUUGGGAAACUAACAAGUGUUUCGCCACGCUUUUCUCGGUCCAGCUAUUCGCCAACGCCAUACAAUGCCUGUCACUGUACCUCUUCACAUGCAUCCUCUACAAGAUGCAAGUGUUGGGCGUCUGCAAAAUGGUGAAGGAACUGCCGGCCGGGCCUACCACGUACCACCUGGUGCUGGAUCACCUGGACACCGCAGUGCUGUUCACCGUCACCACCGUACUGAUAUUCGUGUCCAACUCAAUAGUAUACUACUACGGGUACACGCGGUUCAGCGGGUUCGUCAAGCGGCAGACGGGUGGUCGGAAGACCGUGGCCGACGCCUACUCGAGCCUCAUGCCAUACUGCGCCAGCGUGCUGGCCCUGCUCGCCGUUGUCGCAUCCGAGAGCCCACUGCUGUACAACGCCAUCGUCGUGUUCCGGUCGUCCCUCAACGGCGUCGUGUUGGCGUGCCUGCUGAACUCCACCGCGCACGUGUUCGUCUGGAUAGCCAUGUGGUCCGUGCUCACGCUCAAGCCCUGCUGGGUGUUCAACCUGCACCUGUUCCUGGAGUACGACCCCAGGGGCGGCGGCUGCGGUGGAACUGGUGGCGGUGCAGGUAGCGCAGGUGGUGGAGGUGAGGACGCCCAGCGUGUGCCCUUGCUGGUGGUGGCCCAGGGCGCCACCUACUCGUUGACUGAGAAGACGGCCAAACGCAUCGUCACGUCCGUGGUGGAACGCGUGGUCGCCGACUACACGCGUGUCGCUGCGAACUCGGAUAAACACAAAUUUAAAAGAACGCCGAAGACAAUGAGUGAUGAACAGAUAUACUGGCCUAGACCAAAGUCGAGUUCGGGCCGCAGUUGUUUAAGUGAAAUGGAAGACUCGGACGAGCCGUCUGGUUGUUUUGGUUGUAAACGGACAAAGAAAUCUACAAAAGGCAUACCAAUGCACAAAAUCGACCGAAGGGGAGUCAGUCCAGAAGACGAUGGUGAUUAUGCGAAGCUCCGCGAAUUGCCGAUGGUCGCUAGGGCCACGAACGAUCACAGCGACGACAAUACGUCCGAGGACACGAAGCUUUUGGACACCGUACGGGAAGGUGUAAUUACGUACGCGAGCGCCAACACAAGAGAGUUGUUUUACUCGCCGGCCACGCCGCCGCCUCCGCCGCCGCCCAUUCAGGAAGACAUAAGUUCAGCUGCGGAAUUCCACGCCAGCAAAACCCAAGUGUCCAAGCAGCAUCAACAAGUUCGUGAUCACGCGUACCGCAGUGGCGUAUACAGCAAGACAUCAGUGGCGGGUCAGCAGGGAUCGCAGCGCGUGGCUGGUCCACCGUCGAUGACGGCCGCUGACGAUUUCGAGGAGGAUGACACCGUAAAGUCUGAGUCGGAGGCAUCAGCGGCCGGCCACUCGCCACAGGCGGCGUGUAGCGGCCACAGCGAGUCGUCCAGCGGCGUACACUCCAACAGCAGCCACGACACGGCGGCCACCAUGCCGCUGCCACCACCUCCACCGCCGCUGCAGCUGUCGCCGGCCGCGUCCACGUCCACGCUGUCGCCGACGGACGACGAACAGCGACGCCGGGCCAGUUACGCGGACCUGCAGACUGUGGACACGGUGGUCAUCCGGCACAAGGGCGGGCCGGGGGCCAAGGCACGGAUGCCUCCGGACCCGUGCACCAGGCCCACGAACGUGUCGCUCAGCUCGUUCACGGAACCGCGGGGCGCCCGGAACCGGCCCGGGUCGGUGCCCGGCUGGAGGACGAUGCCACAUAACGUCGCGCCACCACCCCCUCCUCAAGUCAAGGCGCCGUCGCACUAUCACCAAUACCAGCAGCAGCAGCAGCAGCAGAAGAACCUUCAGCAGCAACAGCAGCAGAACCAGAACAACUAUCAGCAGCACCAACGGCAGUGGUCGUCGUCGUACAACGGUGGCGGCGGCGUCAUCGGAGUCGGCGGAACCAAAACGCCGGCCGUUCGGUCGCGGAACCACUCGACCAUACCCACGCACCACAACGGCGUCAGGCUGUUCCAGCAGCACCAACAACAGUCGUACGGACAAUAAUACUAGGCCGCGCGCCCCUAUCUUUAUUACAAUAUGAUCAUAAGAAUAUUUGUAUUUUAGAGGAUAAUAAUAUAAGAAGACAGCCCCGUUGGAAGGGGGUGGAGGGAUGUGCCGCAUCCGACUGCUUUUUCGAAAACGGUUUAACAAAAUAUGAAUUUCGAAUUAUAUAGGUACUAACUAUACGGGACGUUUCCACUACUCUGACGACCUCUUAUUCUACCUCCGUGCGGAACAGUCAGCCAACCAACCCCCUCCUACCAUUCCUGAAUAAUUAAAACGUUCUAGUCCCCUCAUCUGCCCCGUGAUCUAUAUAAUAUUAUAUAUAUUAUGUAUAUUAGGUGUGAUUAAACGACACUAGUUUCGGAAUUAUUACUAUUAUAUAAUAUUUAACUAUAUAUAAAUUACGUAUCAUUAUUUAAUAUUAUACUAUCGAAUAUCAUUUGUCAACCUAUAUGUUAUUUACCUUAAUAAUUAUACAAUGGCAAACGACACUAUAAACAUAUUUUAACACAUAAUUAUUAUUUAAGACGCGUGUAUAUUAUAAUACAUAUUAUAUGAAUAUAAAUAUACACAUAGAUAUUAUGUUUACCUCCAUAUGACCCAAACGAAUUUGUCGCGUUGAGCUUACUAAAUAUGGUUUUUUUUUAAAUUUAUCACCCGAUAGACUGAACGACAAAAACUAAUACGUAGGUGUAGAGUAGAGUGAAAAAAGACUCCGUCCUUGUCGCCAAAGACAGUUUCAAGCAAGCGCAGGGAAACGGGACAAAAUUAUUUAUACUCAACAAAGUUCACAAACUUAAGUUGUAACAAUAUCGUAUCAUAUUAUAUUAUAAUAUUAUUCGUUAUAAACGAUUACAUUAUUGUAUCGUAUAUCGACUUUAUUUAACCAGAUUGCUACAAUCUUAUUGUUCAUACAUCGACAGCAGUGGAAUGUGUCUGUUUACGAUUUGAGAGACAACAACAUUAUUAUAGUAAUAUAAUAUGUUGUAAGCUGGGGUGUUAAAAAAAGACACUCCUUACGGGUAGUACUUACCACAAUCAGAGGAUUUGCCGACGGUAAACGAUUUCCGCCCAGACUCGAAUUUUGUCGGGAUUUGUCACAGGUUUUUUUACGAGCGAGGGAGAGAAAUCUCACCCGUAAUAUUAUUCUAUCAAUAUCUAUAUUUGUAUAAUUUUUUUUUCAUUUUUACAAAAUAUGUAACCCAACCAACUCCGAUUACGACUCGUUAUUUCUAUCGAUCCAUUUUCACGAUUCCCUUCGACAGACUGUUGUUAUCCUUGGUGCUAUAUGAUACGUUUAUAAUUUUUUUUUUUAAAGUUUGGGCUUUUCUCCAUUAUUUUCAUACAACCUUUUGUACUAUACUUUCUGUUUGUUUUAUUUUUAUUAUUAUUAUUAUUAUUAUUAUUAUUAUUUUUUUUUUUUUAUAAUU